AUGGCGCUUCUCGGCGACGAUGGCCGAGGCUUCGAUCUGGCGAGGAGGCUGGAGGCCGCCGGCGUCUGGCGGACAUGGCUCGGCGAUUCUCUCUACUCCUCUUUCCACCAUUACCUCUCUUCUCCUUCUUCUUGGGACUCCCUCAUGCGCGUCGACGACUCCAAGUCUAGGGUUCAGAUCCUCCUCCUGCUCCGCGUUCGCGCCCUUCUCUUCGACAAAGCCACCGUCCCCUUCCUCCUCCGCUCCCAACCCAACACUAGCUCCUCCUCCUCCGCCGCAGCCGCCGUCUCCAAGCUCAAUCCUAAUUAUUUGCAGCUGCAUGGAGAUGACGUUUACUACACGUUGGAGAACUCUUCGCCUGAUGGAGCUUAUCAGCGAGAGAAUCCGACACUGUCCAAGAACCAAUCCAAACCCGGUUUUUCCUCUGGGGCAAGAGGCAGCGAGUCCAAUUCUUGUAAUUUAUCACAGAGAUCCAGGAACGAUGACUUGCCAGAAUCUUGGUACAGUCAGUUCAUUUCAAGGUAUGGUUUCAAAUAUGGAGUUUCAGUCGGAGACCGAGAAUCUGACAAGCGCACCCCUGAGGGGAUGUCCACUUACCUCAGAAUCGUGGAAACCCACAAGAGAAAGCGUGCAUCUUUUCAGGAAGAUCAGAAUCCCGGGAGUUCAGCCCAUAUGGGUAGAUAUAAUGCACAUCCGAAUCCUGUAUUCGAUGGGAGUUCUCCAGAAGAUGAUAUACUUUUUCUUCCCGAGACAAUGUUUAGGAUGAAUUGUGUGCCUGAAACAGCCCUUCCACUGAUUACCAGAGUGCAAGACAACUCGAAAGUAGAGUGUUAUGGAGUGCUCGAUACUCUGCCUCAAGUUACAUCCAGGAGUCAUGUUAUGAUCGAGAGGCUUGGGAUAAUGCCUGAGUACCUUAGCAUGGAACAGAGAGGAGGUUUGCGCCGUAAAAAAAGUGACAAACCGGGGCUUAGUGAAGACCAAGCAGCACAAAUGUCACGAAAAGUUGUAGCACGCAUGCUUAUGAACAUGGGUUUUGAAGGGGCAACAGAGGUUCCGGUCGAUGUCUUCUCUCAGUUACUGAGCCGGCAUGUCUCUAAAUUGGGGGGCAUCUUAAAAGUUCUCACUGAUAGUUACAGGAAGCAGUGUUCAGCAAUUGAGUUGCUUAAGAUGUUUCUUCAUGCUACAGGAUACAGUAACCUUGGGAGCUUAUCGGAGCUGGUUAAGGACAACACCAGGAGCUUUGCCACUCCAAAUCAGCAGCAGCAACCGCAUGUGAUUCAGCAACAGUUGCAUCCACAGCAGCAACAAGCUCCCCCUCGGUUACCCCAGCAAAUCCCAAGGCAAAUGCAUCCACAGAUGCAGCAACAGAUGAUUCAUUCCCAAAACUUGACAUUUCAGCAACAGCAGCAGUUGGAGAGAAUACGUAGGCGUCAAGUGACAUCACCACGGCCCAACAUGGAAGUGGGCAUGGACAAGGAUCGGCCAUUGGUACAGGUCAAGCUCGAGAAUCCUUCAGAGCUGCCACCAGAUGGAAAUGUCUUCAACCCUAUGAAUGCCCGACACCAGCAACAACAGCAGCAGCUCAGGCAGCAACAGAUGGCUGCAAUGUCGAAUCUGCACCAACAGCCGGGCCAUAACCAAUUCAGGCAAUUGGCUUCUAUGCAAAUUCCUCAGAUGCAAGCUCCGUCACCGGGUAUGGUAAGGGCCCAGCCUGUGAAAGUUGAAGGGUUCCAAGAACUGAUGGGUGGCGAUUCUUCUCUAAAGCAGCAUGACUCUGACGAUAAGCUGAGGUCUCCACCAAGCAAAUAAACUUGUGAGGGGACAAGAACUGGCUUUUGUGCGGAGACAGAGACUAAACUACCCUGACCCACCAGGUUUUUGUUGUUGUUGUCCGAAAUCUAUGUGAAAGUGUCGUCCUUUUGGUUUAUAUUGAAAGGCAAAGAUGAGCAUGCCAUCUUUAUCUAUGUACAUGACAUGAAGCAAGCAGUAAAAAGGAGACUGGCAUUUUUUCUA